AGCUUAAAACUAUCUUUAACGGUUAUAUUAGAAACUAAGAACUGGCCUGAGCUCAGCAUAAAGCCGCCUCGGCGAACUGACAGCACGGACCAGUGAAGACUAACAAUAAUAUUAACGUUAUAAGCUGUUCACUAGCUAGUUUGUUUAUGUUUGGGGUCUAAGCUAGUUUAGUUUAGCAUCUACUCGGUAGUGUGAGCUUCACCGGACAUGGCUGUUAGGUGCAGCUUCCUUGCCUUUGGAUAUAAAGCAGUGGGUUUGGCUUGGUGAGAGUGACAGGUCAUGGCCAGUCAGUGCAGCAGUGUGGACUCGAGAGCCACAGCAAGGUGUGUGGGCUCCGUCAACUCCACCCCCGUGUGCACCCGCAUUGAUUCCUAUGAUGGCGUGGAAAAGAAGUGCAUCUCUGACCUCCGAAGAACCUUCUGCCUGUUUGUGACCUUUGACCUUCUCUUCAUCACUCUGCUCUGGAUCAUUGAGCUCAAUGUCAAUGGAGGAAUACAGGAACAGUUGAAAAAGGAGGUGCUCCAAUACGACUACCACAGUUCCUUUUUUGACAUUUUUCUAUUGGCUGUGUUCCGUUUUGCCGCCUUGAUCCUGGCGUAUGCUGUCUGUAGACUUCGCCACUGGUGGGCCAUCGCGAUAACAACGUUGAUCACCAGUGGUUUCUUAAUUGCAAAAGUGAUUAUAUCAAAGCUGCUGUCUCAGGGGACAUUCGGUUACCUGCUUCCCAUCACCUCGUUUAUCCUGGUGUGGCUAGAGACAUGGCUUCUAGACUUCAAAGUUCUGCCACAGGAAGCCGUUGAUGAAAACAGGUAUCUAACAAUACAGAGUAUCUCAGAGAGAGCUCCACUCAUCAUGCCAGGGCCUCACUCAGAUGGACCGUUCUACUCACCACCAGAGUCUGUUGCAGAUUCUGAUGAAGAUCAGGAUGACAAGCAGGACCUUGAGAAACCCAUCGUCUAGCAGGUGUCAGAAGGUGCACAUGUAUCGGAACGUUCGUAAAGGCUGGGUCUGUGGGUUGCUCAGGAGUAAUCAGUACUGUGGCAGCUUUAAGGUCUCGGCAUGUGCGACCCUACCUUGAGCUGCAUUUUAAUUUCUGUGGCUUAUCUUCCAAGUGAUCUGGGCCCAAGCUCUCUCAACUGUAACCCGUCUACACAGAACAAUUCAAUGAGCAUCAUGUUCAGACAAAAUGGUGUUUCUAUAUUGCCUUUUGAUUUGCUCCUGAACAAAUAUCAAGGUUUAAAACGAACAAGUAUUUGCAUUUGCUUUUCCUGCACUUUGAUAUUUUCUCGAUCCACUUUUGUUUAAGGCUCUACAAUAGCAAAUGGCGGCAAUUGUGACUUCCUGGUGUCUUACAUAACGAGGGCUGUAGACUCUUCUCGAUGCUUCUUGUGUUUAUAUUAUAUUUAGAUCACUAAAAUUAUCCUUAAUGUGUAAAUGUUCAUUAACCGGGGCUGUGACUGCAAUACCACUGAUUACUUGGGGUGUUCAGAAUCGUAUUUAUUUACAUUGUUCUUCAAGCUGUUUUAUUCAGUCACUAUUUUAAUGUUUGCUGUCAGUCCUUGUAAACAUGUUAUAGGCAAUUAUAUUUUACCUGUAACAGGUUUGGGACAGUUUGCUUUACACAUAGACUAACAUGCACCAUAAAGGGCUCUCGUGAUUCUGCAUGAUCAUCAGAACGAUCAUUUCACAUGCAUGUUGUCUGCCAGUAGACAUUACCAAAUACCACACGUGCAUUUGUUCAUAAGAAACUUUUUUUAAGCGGUUGAUUUUUGAGUUAAUACUUUUGGCAAGAUCUUUUGUAUGUGAGGGCUGUGUGAAACGAUCAGCCUUCGAGAUUUGGAAAUCAUUUUGUGCCAUUCUGCUUUUUUAUGUUAAUGUCAUUAGUUUUAAUUAAAGUUUCUUUUCAUUUCA